AUGGCUGACAAAGAACCAACACAAUCCUCAGCAGAAAGGCCUGUGGAAGACGCUGCUGGAGAAGAGAAAGGCCCGUCAAAAAGUGAGCUCAAGAAACGCGCAAAGGAGGCCGAAAAAGCAAAGAAAGCCGCCGAGAAAGCUGCAAAACAGGCCGAGCUCGAAGCCCAGAGGGCCGCUGCUGAAGUCGACUUUGCGACAGAAUUCUACGGUAAGGCACCGCUAAACCAAUCGCAGUCGCGUCCUCGCCGCCCCCACACUUCGAUCACCGCCCUCACUCCGGAAAUGGACGGCCAAGUCGUCCUUCUCCGUGCUCGCGUGCAGACGUCGCGUGCACAGGGAAACAAGAUGGUCUUCUUCAACCUUCGCCAGCGUAUCGACUCCGUUCAGGCACUCCUUACCGUGGCCGAGGGUAAGGUCAGCAAGCAGAUGGCCAAGUGGGCAGCAGGUCUCCAGAUGGAGAGCAUUGUCCUGGUCGAGGGUGUCGUAAGAAAGGCCCCGGAGAUCAUCAAGAGCGCGACCAAGGGCGACGUGGAGAUUCACAUAUCGCAGAUACACUUGAUUUCUGGUUUGGAAAGCAUCCUGCCAUUCAGCGUCGAGGAUGCUACGCGCCCCGAAGCUGAGAUAGAGGGGAACGAUGACGUGCAGUACAAGCGUGUUUUACUCGACACGCGUCUGAACAACCGUGUCGUCGACUUGAGGACACAAACGAACCAGGCCGUGUUCAAGCUGCAGCAUGCUAUCAGCCACCUGUUCCGCGAAUACCUCGACGAGCGGGGCUUCACAGAGAUCCACAGUCCCAAACUGCAGGGUGCGGCGACGGAAUCCGGCGCGACCGUCUUCAAAGUAGGAUACUUCAAAGGGACGGCCUUCCUCGCGCAAUCGCCGCAGCUCUCGAAGCAGAUGGCGAUCGCGGCGGACUUCGAGCGCGUGUACGAAAUCGGGCCCGUCUUCCGCGCGGAGGACUCGAACACGCAUCGGCAUAUGACCGAAUUCACCGGGCUCGAUCUCGAGAUGGCCAUCGAGGAGCACUACCACGAGGUCAUGGAGAUGCUCGACGGGCUCUUCAUCUACAUGUUCUCCGCGCUGCGCCAACGGUACGCGCCCGAGAUCGCGGCGGUCCACCGCCAGUUCCCUGCAGAGGAGUUCAAGUGGCGCGAGGGCCCCGAGGGCACGCUCAGGCUCUCGUUCAAGGAGGCGAUCGACCUCUUGGUAGAGGACGGCGUGCCAAGAGAGACGUUGGACGAUAUCAACACCGAAAAUGAGAAGCGCCUGGGAAGGAUCGUCCGCGCGAAGUACGACACCGACUACUACAUCAUCGAUAAAUUCCCCAUGGCGCUUCGGCCCUUCUAUACCAUGCCUGAUCCCGACGACCCGACGCUCUCGAACUCGUACGACUUCUUCAUGCGCGGGGAGGAGAUCCUUUCCGGGGCGCAGCGGAUCCACGACGCGACACUGCUUGCGGAGAAGAUGCGCUCGAAGGGCGUCGACCCCGCAUCGAUGAGCUACUACCUCGACGCGUUCAAGAUGGGCUGCCCGCCACACGGCGGCGGCGGCAUCGGCCUCGAGCGCGUGCUCAUGCUCUUCCUCAAGCUCAACAACAUCCGCCGCGCGUCGCUCUUCCCGAGGGACCCCAAGCGGCUCGACCCGUAG